UCUCCUCUCCACGCAUGCACUCCUGCACCAGUUUUCUACACCCCUUCGAAAACAUGUCCACGACCACCCUCGUCGUUCUCCUUCUCGUAAGCUUCACCACCGAUCUAUGCUUCGCCUCUCGAAAGCUAAACUCUCUCUACCAACCUCCUCCUACCAUCUUUACCUACCACAACGGGCCUUUGCUCGAAGGCCACAUACCUAUAUCCAUUCUGUGGUACGGCGCCUUCACGCCGAACCAGAAAGCCAUCGUCUCCGACUUCAUCCUCUCUCUAGCUCCCGACGGUCGCGACCGCAGCCCCACGCUCCCCACCUCCGUGGCCGAGUGGUGGGAGACAGUAGACUACUACGUCCGGAAGGCCGGUAAGCGGACGACGGAGAUCAUACUUUCCAACCAAAUCUCCGACGCGGGCUACUCUCUCGGCAAGCUUCUGAACAGAGCGCAGAUGUCGGAGCUCGCGGCGCGGCUCGGCGUGAUGCGCGGGGGAGCGGCGGUGGUGCUCACCGCGGCCGACGUCGCGGUCGACGGCUUCUGCACGAGCGCGUGCGGGUCCCACUCCCACUCCCACUCCCGCUCGGCGGCGCACGUGUGGGUGGGGGACUCCGCGGCGCAGUGCCCGGGGCGGUGCGCGUGGCCGUUCCACGUGGCGGACUACUACGGGCCGAGGGCCGGCCACGUGGCGGCGCUGGGGGCGCCCAACGGGGACGUGGGGGUGGACGGGAUGGUGACCAACCUCGCGAUCCUAUUGGCCGGGGCGGUGACCAACCCGUACGGCGGCGGGUACUACGAGGGCGACGGUGGGGCCCCCGUCGAGGUCGGGGCGGCGUGCCCCGGGGCGUACGGCCGUGGGGCCUACCCCGGGUACGCCGGGGAGCUCAGGGUUGACCCGGUCAGCGGGGGGAGCUACAACGUGGUCGGGGUGAACGGGAGGAAGUAUCUGGUCCCGGCGCUGUGGGACCCGGUUAGCCGGUCUUGCAAGAUUCCGGUUUGAGUUUGGGUCCGUGUCGGGUUGGGUUGGCUCGGAGUGGUUCGAUCCAUCGAGAUGGGAAAAAUUGAAUCGUUAUAACGUAGACUCUAACCGCUACGUUUGAUUGUAUAUGAUCAUAAGGAAUCAUUUUACUUUUUGAUUCAUAA